CUUGCCCUGGCCUCUGAGGGGCUCUGGUUGUGGAAGAAGCCCACAGAGCUGCCCUAAUUAUGGCAACAGCCUCCUGGUCAUCCAUCAGCAGUGCUAAAGAGGAGAAUGGUACUCAUGUCCUUCACAGCCACUAAAAGCUCUGCAAUUUCCAUGAUUUUCCUCUGAACCAUUCAGUUUCCACGGAGUCAGAAAUGAGCACGAACUGGACAACUAACUUGAGCCUUGGUGCAGUGCACACCUCUGGACACUUUGAAGAAAAGCCAAGAAAUGGGCUCUCAAGGACGGGUCACACGGUGGUGGCCGUGUUCCUGGGAAUCAUCCUGGUGUUUGGCUUCCUAAACAAUCUCAUCGUGCUCAUUCUCUUUAGCAAGUUCAAGGCCCUCCGCAACCCAGUGAACAUGAUCCUGCUGAACAUCAGCGCCAGCGACCUGCUGGUCUGCGUCUCAGGGACCACCCUUAGUUUUGCGUCCAACAUCUCCGGCCGGUGGAUCGGCGGGGACCCUGGAUGCAGGUGGUAUGGCUUUGUCAAUUCCUGCCUAGGCAUCGUGUCUCUGAUCUCCCUGGCUGUGUUGUCCUACGAGCGCUACAGAACCCUCACGCUCCACCCCAAGCGGAGCACAGACUAUCAGAAGGCCGUGCUGGCGGUUGGCGCCUCUUGGAUUUACUCUCUGAUUUGGACCAUCCCUCCUCUCCUCGGCUGGAGCAGUUAUGGCACAGAGGGAGCCGGGACCAGUUGUUCUGUGCAUUGGUCCUCCAAGUCCCCGGUGUCCGUGUCUUAUAUCAUGUGUCUCUUUAUCUUCUGCCUGGUCAUCCCGGUGCUGGUUAUGAUCUACUGCUAUGGGAGACUCCUCUAUGCUGUAAAACAGAUUGGUAAAGCCAGGAAGACUGCAGCCCGGAGAAGAGAGUACCAUGUCCUCUUCAUGGUGAUCACAACUGUCAUCUGCUACCUAGUCUGCUGGAUGCCCUAUGGAGUCACUGCAUUACUGGCCACUUUUGGCCAGCCGGGCACCGUGUCUCCUGUAGCCAGUGUGAUUCCUUCCAUUUUGGCAAAGAGCAGUACUGUGUGCAACCCGAUCAUCUACAUUCUGAUGAACAAGCAGUUCUACAAAUGCUUCCUCAUCCUCUUCCACUGCCGGCCCACAGCAGCUGCUGAAUCCCCUUCUACAUACCCAUCGCAGGUGACGGUCAUUCAACUGAACCAGAGGAGGAGCCGCGAAGUGCCCCCCAAGCUCUCCCAGAAAUGAGAGACAGGAGGCUGCACCUUCUAGGUCCCCAGCUCUGUGAGACCCCAUACUGGGAAAGGUCCACCCCAGGGGAAGAGAACCCCAAAUAAAUAUAGUUCCCCUCUUAGAUGGGGGUGCCUUAGGGCCACAUGCUUACUCUCACAGGUCACAAAGACCCUGAGGGAUAUGCUGAA